AUGUCGUCGAAGAAGCGCUCGGCCCCCUCCGCCGUCGCUGUGGCCAAGCGGUCGUCUGCCGGCGGCAGCGGCGCAUCCGCCAAGGCCACCGACCGCCCCAUCGCCCCGAGCACCAAGCGGGCCAAGAUCGUCCCCCCCUCGGAGUCCGAGGACUCUGGCAGCGAUUCCGACGCCGGGGACUUCAUCGACACCAUGGACGACGACUCGGCCGGUGACGACUCGGAUGGCGACGGCGACUCCGGCCCCUUCGCGCGGAACAUCGGCGGCGAUGUCCUCUCCAUGCUGGCUGGUGGCAACGACGACGAUGACGACGACGAUGAUGAUGACGACGACAGCGAUGAUGAGGCCGGUCUCAAGAACACCCUCUACCGCCCGGCCACCAACGAGGAGCUGAACCAGAUCCGCGAGACGGAGAAUCUGUUCAAGUCCAACCUUUUCCGCCUGCAGCUCGAGGAGCUCCUGAAGGAGUCCAAGGCCCCGGCGGACCUGAGCAAGCUCGAGGCCUGCCUGCGCCUCCUGAAGGAGACCAUCCUGGCCCUGCCGGCGCGCCCCGCCACCAAGGCCUCCCGCGCCUACCUCGCCCUCGAGCGGGCCGGUGUGCAGGUCCCCUUCCCGGCGGUGCCGAACUGCAACUACGAUCUGGCCUUCCUGCCGCCGAAGACCAUGAGCCUGGUCGGCGGGUACAUCCCUGGCCUCGUGUCCCGGCCGAAGCUCGUCGCCGACGUCAACAUCACCAUGCCAUCGGAGCUCUUCUCCGCCACCCACUUCCACAAGCACAUCUACCACCACAAGCGGGCCUACUACCUGGCCUGCCUGGCGGAGGGCAUCCGCCAGGUUCCCGGACUGGAGAAUGUGUCCUUUGACGUCCUGUCCGGCGACCUGCGCCGGCCGGUGCUGAUCAUCAAGUCGUCGACCACCAACCCGGCGGUCAACUUCCGCCGGACCGGCUUCACCAUUCGCGUGCUGCUGUCCGUGGCGGCGGAUGUCUUUGACUUGGAUGCCCUGCUGCCGGAUCGCAAUGGCCAGCGGUCCGCCGACCCGGAGCUCCAGCAGGCCGGCUUCAAGAGCACGGCCGCCACCGCCGGCGACUCCUCCACCAGCCAAGCCUCGGCCCAGCCCUCGCCGCACUACAACACCGCCAUCCUGGAGGACAUCUUCAUGAAUGACAAUCUGCACCUGCUGCACACGAUGUCCACCGGCUGUGCGGGCUUCGCCGAUGCGGUCAUCCUGCUGAAGGUGUGGCUGCGCCAGCGCCAGCUCGACCGGCCUGAUGGUCUGACCGGCUUCCAGAUGUCCAUGCUGCUGGCGUACCUGCUGGAUGUGGGCCGCGUGCGCCGGGAGAUGUCCUCGCUGCAGCUCUUCCAGAUGACCCUGCAGUUUGUGGCCACCCACCAGUGGUACAACCAGGGCGACCUGCCGGCGUACCUGCGUGAUGGGGAGGUCCCGCACGCGGCGCAGGAGGCCCUGGCCUUCCGCCCGGCCAAUGCCGGGGCCGACACCCCGGCUGGCAUUGACCCGGCCCUGGCCCGGCUCUUCCGCUCGCACUUCGAGCUGGUGCUGCUGGAUCGCUCGGGGCGUCUGAACAUCCUGUCCCGGACCUCCCUGGCCACCAUGCUGGAGGUGGCCCAUGAGGCGGCCAUCUCCCUGAAGAUGCUCAACUCCUCGGUCAACCAGUUUGCCUCGCUCUUCCUCACGCGUCUGGACGCAUCGCUGCGUUAUGACAACAUGUUCCGACUUGCCGUCGGCACUGCCAGCGCCAAGAGCACUUGCUACCCGGAUGCGGCGACCACCAGCGCCCGGCACCUGGCCGAUGUCAUGCGCCGCGCCCUCUACGACCGGUGCAUCAUCCUGUCCCUGCGCCUGGAACAAGUCCCCGCCUGGGAGGUGGACGCCGCGCCGCCGAGCGCCCUGCAGCCGCGCUCGCUGACCGGGGGCCUGCUGCUGGACCCGGCCUUUGCCUCGCGGCUGGUGUCGCGUGGUCCGUCGGCCGGGUUCCCGGACUUCGUGGAGCAGUUCCGCGCCCUGUGGGGUCCGCACUCGGAAAUGCGCCGCUUCAAGGACGGGUCCAUCAUCCAGGCGGCCACCUUCCUGGUGCCGGAGGACAGCCGGCACCUGGUCGUGCAGCAGGCCGUCACGGCCCUGCUGUCGCAUCACGAGGGGCUGACCUCGGCCGCGGCGCUGGCCGGGGCCGGGUUCACCUACUCGGCGGCCCGGGACACGACCAUCCUGCGGCGCUGGCGCGACACGCCCGCCUCGGCGGCCGGGCCUCACAAGGACCUGGUCAAUGCCUUCGACGCCCUGAGCCACGCCCUCAAGGGGAUGGACCUGCCAUUGGAGGUGUUCGGUGUCCGGAGCACUUCGGCCCUCUUCCGCGGGACGGCUCCCUUCCCGCCGGAGCCGCAUGCGGCCCAGGUCCGGCUGCCGUCGCCGAAGACCAGUGCCGCCGGUUUGACCCCGGUCCAGUCGCUGGUGGACCCGGUGGAGACCAUCAUCCGGCUGGAGCCGUCGGCCCGCUGGCCCGAAGACCCGGUGGCCGUGGAGGUGACCAAGACCGCCUUCUACAUGCGCAUUGCCGAGACCCUGCCGGCUGGCCUGCGCGCGGUGGCCGUCACCGCCAGCUUUGUGGAUGUCGAUGUUGAUGGGUUUGUCUUCCGCCUGCGCAUUGACAGCACUUCCGAGCUGACGGCCAUGCGCGCCCGCGUGCAGCACCUGGUCGCCCAGAAGAAGUCCCGCCAGGUGGCGUCCGAUCCCCUGCCGACGGACGUCAGCGCCGAGACCCUGCAGGCGGCCAUCCACUUCACCGAGCGGCACUUCCUCCACCAGCCGGCGCACCAUGGGUUCAUCAGCGCCCUGGCGGACAAGUUCCCGGCGUAUCGCCGCGCGGUGCGUCUGGCCGCCCGGUGGGUGUCCUGCCAGCUGGCCAGCGACCAGCUUCCGCACGAAGUGGUCGAGCUGCUGAUGGCGCAUGUCUUCGUCCAGCCGCUGCCCUUCAGCCCGCCGGCAUCGGCCAUCGUGGCCCUGGCCCGGUUCUGGCGCCUGCUGGCCCGGCAUGACUUCGCCAAUGAGCCGAUCAUCCUGCCGACCCUGGAGCAAAUCGACCACGCGCACCAGUACUCGGCCGAUGCGCAGCUGCGUAUUGAGAUCGCCGCCCAGUCGGCGGGCGGUGCCACUGCCUUUGCCCGCACGCGCGAUCUCGUCGUGCCGGUCGUCGACGCCACCACGACGGAUGCCUACUCCAAGACCUUCGCGGAGAUCCGCGGUGCCGACCUCCAGGGCCCGGCUGUGGUGAUUUUCUCCUCGUACGACCCGUCCGGGCAGAUGUGGACCGCGGCCGGGGCCUCGGCCAGUGGGCGUGUGAUCCAUGCGCGCCUGGCCCGGCUGGCGGCCAGCUCGCUGUCGGCCCUGUCCUCCGAGUCGACCGGGCUGGUGAGCAAGCAGUUCGACCUGCGCGGGCUCUUCCGCCCGGCGCUGGAUGUCUUCGACCUGGUCAUCCACCUGAACUGGCAUGCGUCGGCCACCGUGCGCCAGAGCCUGGACGUCAAGCAGUGGCUCCCGUCCGACACCUCGCGCGUCACCUACAAGCCGGGCACGGUGGUUGGCUCGGGCAAUGAGGACCUGGUUGCCUUUGACCCGGUGUUUGCCUUUGUCAAGGAGCUGGAGCUUCUGUAUGGCAAGCUGGCCCUCUUCCUGUACGAUCGCCAUGGUGGCCAGCAGAUCGGUGUGGUCCUGCGCCCGAAUGUCCACGCCGCGCGCCAUGCAUCCGUCCUCAACAUGUUUGUCUCCACUCCGGCGUCGGCCACUCGCACGGAGCUGACCGCCGACCUGCACAGCCUGGUCGGGUCGAUUGGCGUCCUGGGCGCCGGCAUGAUCAAGCGCAUGACCGGGCCCCUGGCCAAGGCUGCCGGCCUUGAGUGAAAGGGGCGGCACGACCGUGUGCGUACGCAUGCGCGCCCCUCCCCCUCCCCCCCCCCCCCC